UUCAAAUCUGUGGUUAUGGAGACCGGCCUGCUCAUUCUGCUCUAUAUUAUUUCAUUCUUCCAAGCAUCAGAAGCCAAGCAGAAAUCUUCAAAUCUGGAUUGUUUAUAUGACUCAUUUGAGACAAUCAUUUGUACCUGGAUCCCUGUGAAAAAUGCUAUGAAAGGGCAAUACCAACUCACUGCUUCGGUCGAAUAUGAGAAACCACCUAAGACAUGUCAAAUGAAUGGCACAAGCAUAAGGAGCUGUAAGCUAAUUCUUGAGGAUUACAGCUUGACUGUCACAGACACUAUUCUCUUGGUUGUAUCUUACUAUACUGGGGAGAAGUGGACAGAGGUUCAUAAUCAGAGAAUAGAACCAUUUAAGAUCA